CACUUCACUCUCUUCCUUGUACCAAACACAAAUGGCUUCUUCAGCCUUCUCUCCACUCCUACUCAUCAUCCUCUUCAUCACCUUUUCACCCGACCCCACCUCAGCUUCCUCAAGGAAGCUCACAGCUCUAGUACAAGAACAGCCCCUCAAAAUGAAAUACCACAAUGGCGCUCUUCUCAAAGGAAACAUAACAAUCAAUCUCAUUUGGUACGGCACCUUUACUCCAGCUCAACGCUCCAUCAUCGUCGACUAUCUCAGCUCUCUCAACUCCGGCCACUCCACUCCCUCCCCCUCCGCCGCCUCGUGGUGGAGAACCACCGAGAAUUACCACGGCGGCGCAUCCACCGUCGUCGUCGGAAUACAAACUCUCGACGAGAAAUACUCUCUGGGGAAGUCUUUGAAGACUUCGCAUCUCAUACUUCUGGCUUCUAAAGCUAAUAAGCUGAACUCUAUUAACGUUGUUUUGACGGCGAAGGAUGUGGCUGUGGACGGGUUUUGCAUGAACCGGUGCGGUACCCACGGGUCGACCCGGGUGAAAACCGGGUCGGGUUUAAAGUCGACCCGGUUCGCUUACGCAUGGGUGGGCAACUCGGAGAGCUUGUGCCCGGGUCAGUGUGCAUGGCCUUUUCAUCAGCCUAUGUAUGGGCCCCAAACUCCGCCGUUAGUUUCGCCCAACGGCGACGUCGGAGUCGACGGAAUGAUUAUCAAUCUCGGCACGGUUUUGGCGGGAACCGUGACGAACCCGUUUAACAACGGGUAUUUUCAGGGUCCGGUAACGGCGCCUUUGGAGGCUGUCUCGGCCUGUACGGGUGUGUUCGGGUCAGGCGCUUAUCCGGGUAACCCGGGAAACGUGUUGGUGGAUAAGAGCAGUGGGGCGAGCUAUAAUGCGCAUGGGGAGAAGGGACGGAAGUUCCUGCUUCCGGCCAUGUGGGACCCAAAGGCCUCGAAAUGCGCGACCCUUGUCUGAUGACGAAACGACGUCGUAGGAGGAUAGGAAUAAGAAGGUCACGUGCCUUGUGUGCAUAAUGUGUAUAUUUUGUUUGUAUGCGUAUUAUUGUGUCAUUGUGUGUGUAGAUAAGAAUGAGGUUUUGUCGUGCAAAUGUGUGGUAGUGUACCUUCACGUACAAUCCGUAGUCUCUAGUGCUUUGCGGAGAAUAUAUUCGUGUCUCUAUUAUUGAA